CCAAAGCAUUCUUAAUUACAUUUUCCCCACUACUAAGUACCUUUUCUCUAUGCUCCAUUUCAGAGCACAAUAUACUACAAACUUGUUUAUGUUCUUUGUCUUCAAUUCUUGCCUCUAGUUCCCCUGUGAACCCCACCCAAUCAAGCUUUCACAUCCACCAUCUACUGAUACUUUCUUUUCCAGAGUCACCAAUGACCUCAUCUCUCAAUCGAAUAAUUUAUUUCCUCUUCUCAUCUUGCUUGUUGUAUCGGCAGCAUGUUGCGCACUGGAUCACUCCUCCUUCCUUGAAAGACUGAUUUUCUUGAAAGACUGAUUUAACCUUUAAAAGUCCGUUUGCUUCAAUUUUCUUCUCACUUCCCUGUUCCCUUCUCGCUGUCCUCUGAUGAAUUUUUCUGAACACCCUGGUUUCUGAACGUGGCAGCCUCCAAAAGUUUUAGUCGUUGAACCUCUUCUCUUGUCUACAUCUGCUGCCUUUCCCCAUCAUCUCUUCUCAUGAGUUUUCAACACCACUUGCCCGUCUCCCAGUUUGCCCUCUCAAGCCCACAUCUCUCCCUUAAAGUCUGGAAUCCUGUGUCCAGCUGUCUCCUCGACAUCUCUGCUGGGACAUCUAACAGGCAUCUCUGCCUUAAUUUGUCUGAAACUGACUCCUUGAGAUCCCUGACCGUGUUCCCCCUGCCGUCUAACACAUCUUGCUUAAGGGCGACACCAUCCUUCCUGGGGCUCUGAUGAACAUUUUGGUAUGUGUAUAAAAUAUAUAAAACACUACAUUAUGUGUAAUUGUUCUAAAAUGUAAGAUACAAAAUAUUAGAUGUUUACUUAAAACGAGUGAUGGAAUACGUGGUUGCUAAAAUUCUUCUUUUCUUAUGGAAGAGAAAUGCUUGGAGACCAAGGCCCUUCAUCAUCAGCUUCCCCCGGUGCCUCUCUGACCUCCCCUCCCGCCCACUUCCUCACCUGCUGCAGCCACCCAAGGCUCCUUCCUUUUCCUGGGGUCAAGGUUCCUGCUGUCCCAGGGCCCUCACAGGGGCUGUCCCUCAGGCCCAGGUGGCAAACACGCUUCCUCCGCCAGGUCUGUGGUCUGAUGUCAGCGUCUGAGUGGAGCCUUCUCUGACCACCCCCCUCCCAUUUAACAUGCCAGCCACUCCCUCACCCCCACCUCUGGUCCAUAUGCCUGCCCUGCACGUUUCCUUCUGCUUCUUCCCCUUCCACUGGCUGAGUCCUGGUGAGAACCAGGCCUCAGGGGAGAGCAGACCCACAAGGAGGUGUCACAGCUUUCAGAAUGGCUGUUAGCCAGUGGAUAAGAGAUAACAAGUAUUGGCAAGGGUGAGGAUAAAAGGGAACCCUCCUACACUGUUGGUGGGAAUGUAAAUGGUACAGCAGUUAUGGAACUCAGUGUGGAGGUUUCUUCAAAACUUGAAAAUAGGUCAGGCAGACCGCCUAGCAAGGCCAUUCUGGCUGUUGAUGCAAAGGAGACAAAAUCAGUAUUUGGAAGGAGAUAGCUGCACUCCUGUGAGCAUCCCUGCAUUAGUCAUAGCAGCUAAGAUGUAGAAACAACACGAAGGUCUGGUGACAGACAAAUGCAUUCAAAAAUGUGUUACAUACAUACCAUGAGCUAUUAUUAUUCAGCCGUAAAAAUGAAGAGUCCUGCCGUUUACGACACCGUGGAUGAACAUGGAGAACAUUCUGCUGAGUAAACUAAGCCAGACCUAGAAAGACAUACUGUCUGAUCUCGCUAAUGUGUGGAAACUGAAGAAGUUAAACUCAUAGAACCAGAGAGUAGAAUGGUGGUUACCGAGGUCUGGGAGUUGGUGAAAAUGGGGACAUUUUGGUCAAAGGGGUAAACUUUCAGUUGUAAAAUGAGUAAGUUCUGGGGAGCUAGUGUGCAGCAUGCUGACUGUAGUUAAUUGUAGUGUAUUUCUAUAUGCUUGAACUUUGCAGAGAGAAUUAAUAUAAAUAAAUAUAAAUAAGUGUUCUCACCACACAGACACAAAAUGGUAAUUGUGGGUUGAUGGAAGUGUAAUUACUUGAUUGUGAUAAUUAUUUCACAGUGUAUACAUCUGUCAAAUAAUCACAUCGUACACCUUAUAUUUAUACCAUUUUAAUUCGUCAGUUACACCUCAGUAAAGCUGGGAAAGAAUAAGAAAGUGGGGGCUGUGCUGGGCUUGCCUCCUGUGAGUGGUGCUCAACCCAGGCUUCCCAUCAGAUCGAUGAGGCUUUAUGCAUAGACAUGUUUUGUACCCUCUGACCAGGUACCCUCUUCAUGUAGUCAGUGUGGGACCAAAGUUCAAUAAUAUUUAUGUUGCCCCAGGAUGUUCCAAUCCGGAUCCCUCACUGAGCAUCGUGACUCUGAGUCCCCCCAUUCCUGAGAGCUGAGAUCUGGGCUGAGGGUGGGGUCUCUGCUCUGCGUGGGGAUGGAUCAGGGCUGGUCUGUGACCUGCAGGGGAUCGUCAGGUCCAGCUGAGGUGCCCGCUGCUGCUGGGUCAACCUCUAAAGACUCAUGUUGUCUGAGGAAGAAGCCCAGAAGAGGAGGGAGAGGAAAGAAAAGGAGUCAGGAAUGGCUGUGAAUCAGGGACAGGUGACCUUUGAGGAUGUGGCCAUCACGUUCUCUCGGGAAGAGUGGGAAUGCCUGGACCCUGCUCAGAGGGCCUUGUACAGGGACGUGAUGUUGGAGACCUACGGAAACCUGCUCUCCCUGGCUGUCUCUCAUAUACAUGUGAUCAAGAAAUUAAAACCAAAAGCAAACAGUGACAGAGGAGAAGUAUUCCAAACAGUGAUGUUGGGAAGACAUGAAAGCCAUGAAAUCAGAGAUUUUUACUUCAGGGAGAUCCAGGAAGACAUGCAUGUGUUUGAGUGUCAGUGGAGAGGUGAUGAAAGAAAUUACAAAGGAAUGCCUAUAACCCAUAGUGAAAAUCUCACUGACAGAAAAAAUCAACAUGGUGGAAGGGCUACUGGAAACAAACUUAUUGAAAAUAAGCUUACAUUAAGCUUUCGGGAUGAACUGCAUAUAUUUAAAAGUGAAGAGAAAUUUGAUCAAUUUAAUCAGGCUGGCAAGAGUAUCAACAGUAGUACCUCAUUUUUACCACUUCAGACAAUUUCUUCUAUUGUCCAAACCAACAUUUCUAGUACAUAUAAGAGUGACUUUAUGCAUCCUUCAGUACUGACACAAGACCAGAAAGCAUACAAGGAAAAACCUUACAAAUGUAAUGAGUGCGGCAAAACCUUUCCUUAUGGCUCAAACCUCAGUAGACAUCAGUUAAUCCACACAGGAGAGAAACCAUAUAAUUGUGAUGUAUGUGGUAAGGUGUUUAGUCGAAAUUCGCACCUUGCGUGUCAUCAGAGAAUUCAUACUGGAGAGAGACCUUACACAUGUAAAGAGUGUGGCAAAGCCUUUAAUCAGCGCUCAAACCUCACUCGACAUCAGGUCAUCCAUACAAGAGAGAAGGCAUAUGAAUGUGACGUGUGUGGCAAGGUCUUCAGUCGAAAAUCAAUCCUUGGAAGUCAUCAGACGGUGCAUUUUGGAGAGAAAUCUUACACAUGUAAUGAGUGUGGCAAAGCCUUUAGGAAGCAUUCAAGCCUUACUCAGCAUAAGAGGAUCCACACUGGAGAGAAGCCUUACCUAUGUGUUGAGUGUGGAAAGGCCUUUAGGAAGCAUUCAAAUCUUACGCAACAUAAGACAAUCCACACUGGAGAGAAACCUUACAGAUGUAAUGAGUGUGGCAAAGCCUUCAGUGUGCACUCAGCCCUGAGGAACCAUCGGAUAAUCCACACAGGAGAGAAACCAUACAAAUGUGAUGUGUGUGGCAAGGUCUUUAGUCGCAAUUCAGUCCUUGCAAGUCAUCAGAGGCUGCACACUGGGGAGAAGCCUUACAAGUGUCAAGAGUGUGGGAGGUCAUUCAUUCAACGUUCACUCCUUUGGAUUCAUGAGAAAAUUCACACUGGCGAGAAACCUUACAAAUGUAAUGAGUGCGGCAAAGCCUUUCCCGUGCGGUCAAUCCUCACCCAGCACAUGAGAAUCCAUACUGGAGAGAAACCUUAUAUAUGUGUUGAGUGCGGCAAAGCCUUUACAAAACAUUCAAAUCUUACUCAGCAUAAGACAAUCCAUACUGGAGAGAAACCGUACAAAUGUGAGGAGUGUGGCAGAGCUUUUACCCAAAUUUCAAGUCUUAGUAGGCACCAGAGAAGGCACACCGGGAAGGAGACCAGUAAAUGUAGUGUGUGUGUCAAGGCUUCGAUGCAGCAUUCACAGCUUUGGGGUCACGAGAGAACUCACGCUGGAGAACUCCAGUGCAACUUAUGUGGCAAGGCUUUCACCCAGCACUCAAACCUUGCGGCACAUCAGAGGAUCCAUAGAGGAGAAAGACCUUAUAAAUGUAAUAAAUGCGAUAAGGCUUUUGUCCAGAAUUCACAGCUUUGGCGUCACAAGAGAACUCAUAUUGGAGAGAAAUCUCAUAAAUGUAAUGAGUGUGGCAAAGCCUUUACAGAUAGCUCACAUCUUAAUCGACAUAAGAUAAUCCAUACUGGUGAGAAACCUUACAAGUGUCGUGAGUGUGGCAGAGCUUUCACCCAAUUUACAAACCUUGCUAGGCAUCAGAAAAUACAUACGGAAAAGAAACAUCAUAAAGCUGGUACGUGUGGCAGUGCUUUUAUUAAAAGCUGAAGCUUUGGGGAUCGUUGGAGAAUUCAUAGUAGAAAGAAUAUAAGGAUUGAGAUAAAACUUAUGCAGGUGGUCAAGCCUUAAGAUCAGAGACUCCAUCAAGGAGAGAAAUCAUAUAAAACCUUAAGUAUGUGGCAAAGCUUGCAACCAGGCUUGUGGAACAUAACAGAAUUCUUACCAGAGAGAAACCUUCCACAUGUAAUGACAGUGACCAGCUUUGUCAGAAAUGUGGACCUUUGUGGUCAUGAAUGAAUUCACAUAAGAUAGAAACUGUACAAGUGUGUCAAGGCCUUUAAGCAGUGACCUCAGGAUCCACCACAAAGAAUUCAUACCGGAAAGAAACAUUACAAAUGUAACAAAGGUGAUAAAGUGUUCAACCAGCGCUGUCAAUCGACUUACACAUAAGAGAAUUUAUACUGGGGGAACUAAAUCUGCCAAUGGAGAAAGGACAUCUGUGGGAAAGUUUAAUUAUCUUCAGUUUGUGAAAUUUCUUUAUUUAGUUAUUUGAGGUUUCUUGAAAAGGCUGCAUUAUUGUUGAUGACCUGCAACCUGAAGUUAGAAACCUGUUGAUGUCAUAGUUUCAUUACAUGCUUUUCAUUUGUCACCAUGAUGGUCUCAGGAAAGGGAUCAGUAAGAUGAAAGGACCUACUUCUUGGGAAUUCCCUGGCGGUCCAGUGGUUAGGACUCCGCACUCUCACUGCCAGGGACCAGGUUCAGUCCCUGGUCAGGGAACUAAGAUCCCACAAGCUGCGCUGCACGGCCCAAAAAAAAAAAAAAAAAGACCUACUUCUUUAGGUGGGGUUUAUUCAUAUCCGUGUAACCUAGAAAAACUAGGACACAAUUUUAAGAUACAAUAUGAUAUAAAUUUGAGAGCCUGGGGAGUGACAGAAUAGAUGAACACUAAUAAUACAUUAUUUGGCUGUUUGGGUUGAAUGGCAUAUAUAACAAUCUCUUUCCAUGUUAGACUCAAACAACUUACAGUUUUGAAAAUGUAUAUUCAUAAUUUGCAUUUAGCUAUUCACUCCAUGGUGUAUCCUAGAUUAUUUCUGUGCCUAUAAUAAAAAUACAGUGAAAUUUCAGAUUCUCACACCCUAAUACCUGCCUCCCAACAUUCAUGGGUAUACACGAUAUGAUUAUAGUUUUGCCUGCCUUUUUGUGCAUGGAGGCCAAAAUUAGACCCAUGGAUUGCACCUUUACAUGAAGUGAGAAUAGAAAUAUAGUAAGGAUACGAAAAAUAUAAGAAAAUAGAAGAAAUUUCAGAAGUAAAGAAAUAUAACAGCCUAUUUUUUGUAAUUGGAGCACUCAGGGAAAUAAUUUUAAAGGAUCGGUGUUCAUGAGUUUCCUUUUUUUUUUUUUUUUUUUUUUUGUGGUACACAGGCCUCUCACCGUUGUGGCCUCUCCUGUUGCGGAGCACAGGCUCCGGACGCACAGGCUCAGCGGCCAUGGCUCACGGGCCCAGCCGCUCUGCGGCAUGUGGGAUCUUCCCAGAACGGGGCACGAACCCAUGUCCCCUGCAUCGGCAGGCGGACUCUCAACCACUGCGCCACCAGGGAAGCCCCAUAAUAGCCAUUUUGAAAGGCUAUAAAAAUCUAUUUGAAGUUACAGUAAUAAGUAAUAUGUUUCAUAGUUUCUAAACUGUAGUAACAUUCCAUUUUGUUAGUCAUAUUUAUCGUCUUUUUAAAAUACUGUUUAGCCCAAUUUGUAUAUUUAAUUUGUAUUUCCUUUUUAUGGAUUCAGUGAAGAAUCUGGAGGAUGCAUAAAUCAAAGUUAUUUUCAGUUUUGUGUGGUAUGAAAGUGUACGUAGAGCAAUGACAGGUACAAAGCACGUGUUAUAUUAAACACAAAGAAAGAGGCCUCUCCCGUUUUUCAUUUAGGUUGAGAGAAUUGAAAUGAUACGAGAUAAUGAACCAAAGUCUCAGAAUGUGGAAGCAGGAGACUUGUUGCUAAUGUGCAGGUGCAUCACUGGAAUUUUUGGAAACUCGCUAUGUUAAUUUUAUCUUACAGUGUAUCUCUUCAGUUCCUCCCCGUCUUGCCCUUAUUCCUGUCAUCGUCUUUUCCUUCUAUUAGUACAAUGGCAACUGGAACUCAUGUCCCCAACACCUUGUAGGCCGUGGUUAGUAUAAUAGAGCAGAUCGCUUUCCUGAGUUUGCUAUGGAGAUACUAGAUUGUGUUUGUUUUGUUGAGGUGUAAUUUGCGUAUGAUAAAAUUCACAAUUUUUAAGUGCACAGUAUGGUAGGACUUGUAUAUUUACAAUGUCCAACCACAGUAUUUUCAUCAUUCAUCACUCCCCUUUAAAAAAAACAAACAAACCUGCACACAUUAGCAGUUAUUCCAUAUUCCAUCCCCAGCCACAAGGAAACAUUAAGUUACCUUCUGUCUGAAUGUGGCUCUUUGGGGCAUUUCAUAUAAAUUAAGUCAUAUAACGUGGCCUUAUUUCUCCCUUCUUUCAGUUAGUUUACUCUCUACAAGCGUCAUCCAUAUUGUAACAUUUAUUAGUGCCUCAUAACUUUUUAUUGCUGGGUAGUAAUAUCCACAGUUUGAUUACCCAGUCGUCACUCAUUGGAGGGGUUCUUUACACAUUUUGGCUGUUAGGAAAAAUGCUUCUAUGGACAUCUUUUACAGGAAGUCUUUGUGGAUAUGUGUUUUCCCUUCUCUCAGGUAUAUUUGUAUAAGAGGAAGCUCUGAUUGUGAUAUUGUGAUUUAUGACAUAUAGAUUUGGUCAUUCAGAUGAGUAAUGCAUUCCUUCCACUCACACUCUAUUUGGUGAAACUGUUCUCACGGUCUUGCCUAGCUGCACAGUGGCUGAGAAAUUAGGGGAACGCGUAGCUCUUGAUGUGGAGCAAUUAAAAGAGUGAAGAAAGUCAUUAUGUUGGUGUAAUUACCAUGCAACUAUAUGUGGAAAUUAAAAUGAAUAAAAGUGAAAAAUAUAA